UUUUUUGUGGGAUGGUGUUUCGGAGAUUAACAGAAGAAGCCACAAACGGAAAUAUGCUACCACCAAAUCCAAGUAGCAUGGCUGCAAUAUCAAGGGCUGCCUUUGAAGUUGAUGAUUAUUGGAGAAUUGUUGAUAUUUUACACAAGAGACUGGCAAAGUUUGAUACAAACAAUUGGCGUGCCUUCUACAAUGCUUUAGUUUUAUUGGAACAUUUGUUAACUCAUGGUCCAUUAAGGGUUGCUGAGGAGUUUCAAAAUGAUAAAGAUUCGAUCAUAGAAAUGGAAAAUUUUCAAUAUAUUGAUGAGAAAAGAUUAGUAAUUUGGUUCAACUGGGGCUUGAGUGUUAGAAAAUUAUCAGAGAAAAUCUUGAUGUUGCUUGAAAAUGAAUCAUUUCUCAAAGAAGAAAGAGCAAGAGCUCGAAAACUAACAAUAGGGAUCAAAGGUUUUGGGAGCUUCAGCCAGUUUUCCUCUUCAAGUGAUAAAGUUUUCAACUCGUUUAGCAACAAUGGAAGAUUGAAUUCUCAACACUAUGAUCAUCAAAACCAUGAGGAAGACUAUUUCUUGGAAUUCAAAGAGAACUUCCCAUCAAAGAAAGGGAUCAGAAUAACAGAAGAAGACAAUUACAAUCAGAACAAGUUAGUUCCAAGAAAGCUAGAAAUCAAUGGUGAUAACAUCGAUAGGGGACAUCCAUUCUGUGAGGAUGAUCAGCAAGAGACGGCACAAUAUUUGCUUUCUGCAGUUAUGUGAAAACAGGAUCUGAAGACUACAGUUUGUUCAGGGAAGACUCUGCAUUCAUGUUUUAUGAUAUCAUGUCUGGGCAUAACCCCUUGAACGAUCUUUAAGUUGCAUUUUCCACAUUUGCAUGAUGCAUUGAGUCUUUUAACACUUGUAUGUAAUACAACAAUGAUAGUUUAAUUGGUUUAGGGCUUACUAUAAUUAUGUUUGUUUUACUAUAAUUAUUUGCCAAAUCCAACAUGGAUGUUUUAUUUGAAAAUUUUGGAUUGAACCAGAGGUAUGAAUAACGUGACAUUUUGGCAUAAUUUUAGACU